AUGUCGACUCUCGCAGAUGAGUUGCUGCAGGAUUUCGAGGACUCGGGCUCGGAAGGAGCCGACGAGCGCAACGAUGACGAGUUUCAAGGCGCAGACAGCGCGACAAAUGGCGUACUGGCCGAUGGCGACUUGGACAUGGACGGCGGUGAGGAAGAGGAUGAGGAGAUGGGUGGAAUGCCUGACACAAGCAAACAGGCGCCCGAAGAUGCAGAGGAGGCGAAAGCGCGCGUUGAGAAGAUGCAACUCGGCGGAGUUGACGACGUGCGCAGCGUGGCCAACUUGAUGAAGAGCUUGGAACCAGUUCUUGAGGUUAGCAACCCCUACUCCCCUACGCCCCCUAUCACUAUGUAUGAAGUGUUUACAUCUUCUUCUCGGAACAUUAGCCCUGACAGUUUGCGUUCGAUCCUACAGAAAAUCGCCUACUUCAAAGCACAACCUCCCGAGGCGUUGGCCAAUGUCGGCAACGUGGAGGAUCAUCCCGAAUACAACGUUCUUACGCAGUCCAACAGCCUAUCUACUUUGAUAGAUAGUGAAAUAGUGUUGGUUCACAAGUUCAUUCGCGAUCACUAUUCGGUGCGAUUCCCCGAGCUCGAGACACUGAUCACGAAUCCGCUCGAAUAUGCCAAGGUGGUCGCAAUCUUGGGCAAUGGCCCGAUGGACUCGGAGAGCAUCAAGGCGCUACAGAAAUCAACAGACAACCCCUUGAAGGCGACGCUCAAGUCAGUUCUGGAUGGACCCUCACUCAUGAUCGUUACGGUGGAAGCUACGACUUCGAAGGGACGGGAAAUGUCGCAAGACGAGCUCGAUCGUGUUGUCCGAGCUUGCGAGAUGAUGAUCAGCCUGGACGCAGCAAAGAAGACUUUAACAGAAUACGUGCAGUCACGGAUGAACCUCUUUGCACCAAACCUGACUGCUCUUAUUGGUUCCCUGACAGCCGCGCAAAUGCUCAACGCAGCGGGAGGUCUCACAGGUCUGGCCAAGACACCAGCCUGUAACAUUGCUGCUUGGGGCUCCAAGAAGCAACAAAGCGGAGCUCUGGCCACGAACGUCGGGAUUCGCCAACAAGGCUUUCUAUAUCACAGCCCCAUUAUCCGCGGCGUGACGAGCGAUUUGAAGAAGCAAGCGAUGCGGAUAGUGUCCGCAAAGCUCGUCCUGGCGGCUCGUGUCGACCGCAUCCACGAGGCCCCAGAUGGCUCGACUGGUGAAGAGUAUAGGUUAGCUUGCCUCGAUCGGCUGGACAAGCUGCAGGAGAAACCCCUGAACAAGGGCCAACGCGCCCUGCCGGUGCCCGACGACAAGCUUUCGCGGAAGCGCGGUGGUCGUCGUGCGCGCGCGGCCAAGGCGGCGACGGCCAUGACCGACUUGCGCAAAGCGCAGAAUCGUAUGGCGUUUGGAAAGGAAGAGAAGGAGGUCGGCUACGGCACGGGCGAGGGCACAGUCGGUAUGGGCAUGAUCGGACAGGGCAAUGACGGCCGUGUACGGGGCCUACAAAUCGAUAACAAGACUCGUGCGAAGUUGAGCCAGAAGAGCAAAGGCUGGGGCGGCGCGAGCUCUGUCUCCGGAGCUUCAUCGUCUCUCAAGGGCUUUGGGCAGGCUGCUGGAAACCUGGAUCUCAGAGGCAAGGGGCUACGGACCUCCGGCGUGGGCACGACAGUUGGCAGUGGCGGCACGAUGUCAUCAUUAUCAUUCACGCCUGUUCAAGGCCUUGAACUUGUCGAUCCCAAGGUCCAGGCCGAGCUGAAGCGAAAGCGCAAGGAGGAAGAGGACCGAUGGUUCAAGGGAGGCAGCUUCACGCAAGUUGGUGGCGGCGGGGGCAGUAGCAGCAACGGCGUAUUCAAGAAGCCUGACCUACCGCCAAGGAAGAAAGUCGAUACAGGGGCUACGAAGAGGUAG